GGACAAGCCACGAUGGCGCGAUGCUGUUUGAUCCUUUUGAGUUGACACGAACGGGUGAGGUGAACUCGAUUAGACACUGAAUUUUGAUGAUAUGAAGGGUACGUAGUAGAUGAACGAUGAACGAUGAAUGAUGAAGAAGGUGAGGGGGGACACAACAAUUACAAUAGUAUCAUACUCGUCUCGUACCUAACGGUGGUAUUGGGAUGUCUACGGGCCGACCUAGUGCCGGUAGAGUUUGUAAGGAAGGCACGAUCGAUGUACCUGUGUCUGAGCAUAACUAAUACCUAAUAACUAAUACUAUUGGACAAAUAACGGAGUAAUUCAGUAACUACAAGAAGAUAGCAUUCUGCUCUGGAUCAUCUAAUUUACCGAUGGCAAGGCCGUG